AGAGAUGAUGUGUUGUAUAUAUCUGGACAACCGAUUGGUGAUACAAUUAGAGCGCUUCAAUUAGAGAUUCAUUUAGUGCUAUUGGACAUGCAGAAAGUUAUAACAAGUUGGAGCUUAUGAUAAAUAAGGCUUCAUCAGUUAUGAUCUAUCUUUCAUCCGAGCACAAAAUUUAAAUUAGACUCAUAAUCAAGUUGGAUCUUCGAUUAUGGAAAAAUUUAAUUUUUCCUUAUUCUGA